CUUUCCGAUCUACAUAUCAAUGCUUACUUGAUAUCUCAAACGUCCUCUUCAAAUUACGCUGAAGAGUACCGGCCAUGGAGAUCAAUUCACCAGUAUCAGAUGUCCCCGCAGAGCAACACCAAGGCAAGGGCCUUGAAAACUUCCUCCGGUUCUGGUACCAAAAAGAGGCUCUCCCAGGCAUAACCGCGGUCCGCGAGCUCUUUGCUCCUCGCCCGACCGACAUAAUCCUAGCCUCCUAUCCAAAGUCCGGGCUCAAAGCCCUCGCAUUCGCAACCAUCAACAGAAACAUCCACAGCCCCCGUGACCCCAACCACCCUCUCCUCCUCGCCCACCCUCAACAUUGCGUCCCGUUCUUAGAAAGCCUAGCCCGCAGCGCGUCGGGCCCCGAAGACCUCGAAGCCCUUCCGUCGCCCAGGCUUUUCUCGGCCCACAUAUCGUAUCAGCUCUUCCCUGGCUCCGUCAAAGCCUCCGAUUGCAAGUUCGUUUACGUGUGCAGGGAACCAAAGGACACGCUAGUCUCGUCGUGGCAUUUCUACAGGGGUGUAAUGUUCAGCUUGGACCAUGACAAAACAUUGGAUAAGUCUCAGUUCAAGGAGGUGUUCGAGUUGUUCUGCGACGGGAACUAUCCCUACGGGCCGAUAUGGGACCACUGGUUGGCGUACUGGAACGAGAGCUUGCUCGGGGCUCGGCCGUCCAAGGUGUUGUUCUUGAGAUACGAGGACAUGAAAAGGGACGGGGUUAAUGCGGUGAGAAGGCUCGCGGAGUUCCUUGGGUGCGCGUUUUCGGAGGAGGAGGAGGAGGCUGGGGUUGCGGAGGAGAUCGUGAGGCUGUGCAGUUUCGAAAAGUUGAGUGGGCUCCAAGUGAACAAGACCGGGGAGCUGGCUCUCAGUAAAGAAGUUAUUACUAAGAAGUCUUCGUAUUUUAGGAAAGGGGAGGUUGGAGAUUGGAAGAACCACUUCACCAAGGAGAUGGCUGAGAAGUUCGAUGGGAUCAUCGAAGAGAAGCUGCGUGGAUCAGGGCUCAGCUUUCUCAGCGCCGAGUAGUGGGGUUUCAGUAUGGACCUCUAUGUUCCCUGCUAAUUCUCUCUCCGCUUCAAUAGCUGCACGCCGCUGUUAUAUUUACAAGUGUUUGUAUUUGUGUCUACUACAUAUGCCUGAUUGAUGAUGAGAAGUGGUUGUUAUUUCGUUUGAAUCCCAGUCUCACAAGCAAAUCUGUGAGAGCUUUGUUUUGUGUUUUACUACCCAAUAAAGAAGUGAGUGGUUAAUUGGU